AUGGGUGUUCACAUCUCAGAUAGCGAUUCUGAGCUCUCCAACGAGAAGGGCCAGACUACAACCGCCCACAAGCGGUCUCGCUGCCCCUGGAUCUUACUCGUCCAAAUCCUCAGGAAACACCAGGAGAAGCGAGAGCAGACAAGAAUCGAAGAGAUUCGAAUGCAAGUCAACAAGGAUCGUGAAAAGAUCGAGGCCGGGCGGUUCCGCUUUUGGCAGGGUACCACGUCCACGGAACAGAGGCGUUCGAUGUGGGAGGGUGGGCUGGACCCCAGCUCGUUGAAAUGUUGUGGCCGCACAUUCAGCACAAGCCACACUUACAAGCUCACCAUUUCGAGCACGAAAUCUGGCUCGGUUGAGAUCGUGAUACAUGACUUCCGCACUCCAGAGGGACGCGAGGAGGCAUUCAAGUGGUGGGACGCACGGUAUCGACGAGUGGAGACAUACGCUGACCGGACCGUCGACUUGUGCAAUUCUUGGGAGGAAACCUACCAGAAAUAUAUCAAGGAGCACCACCUCGUUGACCGCAAAAUCCUUUUGAAAGGAGGCCCCAAGAUCAACUGGACCAGAACCAAGGUGGAAAAACUUCCCAACUGA